UCAGGAAGCGGAAGCAGAAGAAACCUCGCCGUCUCAACAAACGCAGGCCGCGCCUACCACCACGCGGCCAUCACCGCCCGCCAGGGAGCAGCAGCAUCGCCGCUCGUCAGAGAGCAUCAGUAGCCGUGGGAACAGCAGCGGCAGCGGCGGCGACACAACAUGAGGCCCUCCACUUUGCUAAGCCUGUGCGUGUUUGUCAUGUUGGCCCUGCUGGCAACACAAGCGCGGCCGGCACACGGUGCUCUCAUCUUGCCCCUGGUCAUCUACAAGAAGCUACCCAAACACAAGUUGCUAGUACCGGUGCCCCUACCAUUGCCACUGCCGAUCCCUAUUCCGAUAGUAAAACCCAAGAUGCUGUCGCUGCUGCUGCCAAAGCUGCCCCGGAUCGGGAUCACGCUGCACUUGGGCAAGGGCCACCACUCACCACUGCGGCACCUGCGGAUACACCACAAACCGAAGCUGGUGCACCUUGACCACGGCCACGACGAUCACGAGUACCACCACUCGCACUCGAGCCACCAGCCGCACCACCACCACGGACCGCCGUCGCACUCGGGCGAGGACGAAGUGUACGAAGUGAAGAACCCGCCGCCCAGUUACCCGGCCAAGGACUGGAAGUCGUAGCCUCUCCUAAGACCCUCCCCCUAAGAGUCAUCCUCCCUCGUCACCGUCCUCCUGACGUCAGCUGUGUCCGGAGUGCGGUCGUACACGCGUAAAACAAACAGUUGUAUAUGGUGUAUCGAGACGAC